ACAAGGUAGCUCAUCUGAAAAGAAACCUGAGCCCUAGGGAGUCGGCACCGAGCGACCCCAGCAGGGCAGGGGCAACCCGCGCGGGCCGGCACUGGUCAGCGCGUGAGGACCGGGGCGAGCUUGGCCGCCGCUGACCCUCAAGAUCUGCUCCUGGGAUCCGGCUCCACGCUCUCUUCGCAUUUUACAGAUCUAUCCCCGCGGCUGUAUCUCCUCAAAACGGAGCCUUUAUUUUCAGAUAAGGUGUGGGAACUGGAGCCGCCAGGACUUUCCCGGGCACCCAAAAUGCGCUCCAUCAGGAAGAGGUUGACGAUCUGCACGAUAAGUCUGCUCUUGAUCUUUUAUAAGACAAAAGAAAUAGCAAGAACUGAGGAGCACCAGGAAACGCAACUCAUUGGAGAUGGUGAACUGUGUUUGAGUCGAUCGCUUGUCAAUAGCUCUGAUAAAAUUAUUCGAAAGGCUGGAUCUUCAAUCUUCCAGCACUCUGUAGAAGGUUGGAAAAUCAAUUCCUCUUUGGUCCUGGAGAUUAGGAAGAACAUACUUCGUUUCCUUGAUGCAGAAAGAGAUGUCUCAGUGGUGAAGAGCAGUUUUAAGCCUGGUGAUGUAAUACACUAUGUGCUCGACAGGCGUCGAACACUAAAUAUUUCUCAUGACCUGCAUAGCCUCCUGCCUGAAGUUUCACCAAUGAAAAAUCGCAGGUUUAAGACCUGCGCAGUUGUUGGAAAUUCUGGCAUUCUUCUAGAUAGUGAAUGUGGAAAGGAGAUUGACAGUCACAAUUUUGUAAUAAGGUGUAAUUUGGCCCCUGUGGUGGAGUUUGCUGCAGAUGUGGGAACUAAAUCUGAUUUUAUAACCAUGAAUCCAUCAGUAGUACAAAGAGCGUUUGGAGGCUUUCGGAAUGAGAGUGACAGAGAAAAAUUUGUGCAUAGACUUUCCAUGUUGAAUGACAGUGUCCUUUGGAUCCCUGCUUUCAUGGUCAAAGGAGGAGAGAAGCACGUGGAGUGGGUUAACGCAUUAAUCCUUAAGAAUAAACUGAAAGUGCGAACUGCCUAUCCAUCAUUGAGACUUAUUCAUGCUGUCAGAGGUUACUGGCUGACCAACAAAGUUCCUAUCAAAAGACCCAGCACAGGUCUCCUCAUGUAUACACUUGCUACAAGAUUCUGUGAUGAAAUUCACCUAUAUGGAUUCUGGCCAUUUCCAAAGGAUUUGAAUGGAAAAGCUGUCAAAUAUCAUUACUAUGAUGAUUUAAAAUAUAGGUACUUUUCCAAUGCAAGUCCUCACAGAAUGCCAUUAGAAUUCAAAACAUUAAAUGUGCUACAUAACAGAGGAGCUCUAAAACUGACAACAGGAAAGUGUGUAAAGCAAUAAAGCACAUUGAAAAACAGACAAAAUAAACUGAAUAUGCACUUCUUUUCUGAAGAUGCAUCCUAAAAUUUGAAAAUAGGAUCCAAACCAAGACUGGGUUUCAGCAUUCACCAAGCGACUAUACGAUUGAUCUAAGAGGUUUAUAAGAAAUCCAUUACCAGCUGAUGAAAUAUCUGCCAAGUGCUCUAAAAAUCAAAUAUUUUGACUUCAAGGGUCCUAGUAAGUGCCACUUCCACUGAGAACACAGCUUGAAUGUAUAAUCAGUAGUGUUUACAAGAUCCAGCAAUGCAUUCAUCGUUUGGUAAAGCAAAUAUGUUCAUCCCUGCUGGGCUGCCACUGCAAAGCCAAGCACAUUAGAAAAGGAACCCAGGAACACAACUCAGCCUUUCGGGAAACCAAACCAUCCUUGUCGGUGGAACUCAUGACACAAACAGUUUGAGCAGUGAAAUCCAUAUGAUCAAACAACUCAAGUAAAUGCCUUCUGUCAGGACUCUGAGUCUGAUCAUGAAUUUUAUGUUUUUAUUAUGUUUCUAUUUUUGUUUGUCUUCUGGAAUCUCUUUUGGUUUGGGUAUUAGGGUGCUUAAAAUUCCUUUCUCAGAUAAAUACGAAUGAG